AUGGUCAAGCUCCUAUCACCCGCGGCCUUCCCGCCGCGACGCCCUUCGAGCCUCUUACGAUACGCCAUCGCCGCCGUCUUCGUCUUGGCCCUCUUUUACUACUUCGACCCUCGCUCCCGUGGCAUCCCCACGACCCAGCUUCAGCCCGAGAGGCCACAGACACCUCCUCAAAAACCAGAUUCCAUCCCACCGGUUAACACACAACAUGACGCCGAGAAGCCUAUCCCCGAGCCCGCGCCGAAGCCUGUCCACCCCAUCGACGACGAGCCCACCAAAGCCGAGGGCGCCGUUCCCAAGAGGCCCGCCGAGACGCAUCCCGCCGCCACAGGGUCGCACCCUAUCGAUACGCUCAUCAAGGAAGCCGACGAGAGGUUCAAUGGUCUACUGAAGAAGGAGUCCAAGACUCUCACAGCAGCCGCCAAGGCCUACCGCGACCGCCGUGGCCGCCACCCCCCGCCCGGCUUCGACGCCUGGUUCCAGUUCGCCCAGGAGCGCAAGGCCGUCAUCGUCGAGGACUUUUUCGAUCAAAUUUACCACGACCUGCGCCCCUUCUGGGGCAUGGAGCCUUCGCGCAUCCGCAAGGAAGCGGCCGAGUACGAGAUGACCAUUAAGGUACGCAAGGGUCGCGCCACCCGCAUCAGCGAGUGGUUUUGGACCGUCCACUGGACGAACAUGAUCAAGACGAUCGAGCACCUGCUUCCCGACAUGGACAUUGCUCUCAACCCCAUGGACGAGCCCCGCAUGGUAGUGCCCUACGAGGACAUGGCCCAGUACAUGCGUGACGCUGCCCUAACGGAGGGGAUGCCCGAGCCGAAAAAGGUCAUGAACACAUUCCAGGCGCUGCCGAACAAUAAGAAGGAGCUCGAUCGGAACGUAAAGGUCAAGAGCAAGCACUGGGAAGAGACAAGCAUCGGCACCAAAUACUCCAAAGCCCACAUGCGAGAUGGCUUCGUCGCGAACUACACCAUGUCGACCGAAAUUUGCCACCAACCUGACCUCCAAGGCCUCAAUGGCAUCUUCAUCGAACCCCUCAGCACCUCCGCCACAACCGUCCUUUUCCCCAUGUUCGGGGGUUCCAAGCUGGCCAUCAACAACGAGAUCCUUCUCCCCGCAGCCAUGUAUUGGACCGAAGAGGAACGCUUCAGUGGCGGCGGGUACCACGGUGGGCCGUGGAGCAGGAAGAAGGACGCCGUCAUGUGGCGCGGCGUUGCGACUGGCGGGCGCAACCGCGUCAGUAACUGGAGGGGAUUCCAGCGUCACCGCUUCGUCGCCAUGAACAACGCGACCAAGGUCGCCGGCGCGGAGGACGGCACCAUGGACCCCGUCAACUUUUCGCUCCCGGACAAGAUGUACAACCUCGCGGCCCAGGCCAUCAACAGUCUCGGCGAGUGGAUUGGCUCUUGGGCAGACGUGGGCUUUACAGACCUCAUGUGCGAGCCGCAGGGCCCCGCCGGCACUUGCAAUUACACGAGCCCGCACUUCAACGUCACGGAAGGCGUCAUGCUCACCGAGAUGUACGACUCAAAGUACCUCCCCGACAUUGACGGCAACAGCUUUUCCGGACGGUACCUGGCAUUCCUGGGGAGCACGAGUCUGCCCAUCAAGGCGACCCUUUGGCGCGAGUGGCACGAUAGCCGUUUGGUUGCGUGGAAGCAUUUCGUGCCAAUGGACAGUCGCUUCAACGAUUACUACGGCAUCAUGGAGUACUUUCUGGGCUACGGAGGCGACAGGCCCGCGCACGAUGCCGAGGCGGAGAAGAUUGCGAUGGACGGCAAGGCAUGGGCUGAGAAGGCGCUGCGCAAGGAGGACAUGCAGAUCUACACGCUGCGGCUGCUUCUCGAGUACGCGCGCGUGACGGACGAGAGAAGAGAGAGGAUGGGCUGGGUCCACGACUUGCUGGCGGAGAGCACGGCGACAUGA